UAGACGGCCUCGAAAAGGACCCUCGAUCUAACACCUUUCUCUUUCAUUUCCUCCUCCCUCUUAAACAAACUCCUCCUCCAUUUGCCCUCCCAGCCGAACAAAAAUCAGCAAAGUAGAAGAAGAAAAAAAAGGGUUUGAAAGCAAUCCUUCUGGGGCAUCAAUGGCUGACUUCAACAGGGCCAUUGCCUUGAUUCUCACAGUGGCUUUGGUUGCAAAUCUUGCUGCGACGGGAAACGCAGAUGGGGAGAAGAAGAUUCGAGUGAAGACUGUGAAGGGUAAGAAAGUGUGUUUACAGGGAUGGGAAUGUAAUGUUUGGUCGGUUUAUUGUUGCAACCAGACCAUUUCCGAUGUCUUCGAGGUUUAUCAAUUUGAGAACUUGUUUUCCAAGAGGAAUUCGCCUGUGGCUCACGCCGUGGGAUUUUGGGAUUACCAGUCUUUCAUUUUGGCUGCUGCCGACUUUGAGCAUCUGGGUUUCGGGACAACCGGUGGUAAGCUUAUGCAAAUGAAGGAGAUCGCUGCUUUUCUUGGCCAUGUCGGCGCCAAGACAUCUUGUGGAUAUGGAGUGGCAACAGGAGGACCGUUGGCUUGGGGGCUUUGCUACAGUAAAGAAAUGAGCCCUAGCCAGGAUUACUGUGAUGAAUCCUACAAGUACGUGUAUCCCUGUGCUCCUGGAGCUCAAUACUAUGGCCGUGGUGCCUUGCCAAUUUACUGGAACUACAACUAUGGAGCUGUUGGGGAAGCUUUGAAAGUGGAUCUGUUGAACCACCCUGAGUACAUAGAGCAGAAUGCUACUCUUGCCUUCCAGGCUGCCAUUUGGAGGUGGAUAACCCCAACCAAGAAGAAACAACCCUCAGCGCAUGACAUCUUUGUAGGCAACUGGAAACCAACUAAGAAUGACACUUUGGCCAAGCGGGGUACCACUUUUGGCACCACCAUGAACGUUCUUUAUGGAGAUUAUGUUUGUGGGAAGGGUGAUAUCGAUCCCAUGAACACCAUUAUCUCCCACUACCUGUUUUACCUUGACCUAAUGGGCAUAGGGCGAGAGGAGGCAGGGCCACAUGACGGGCUAACUUGUGCUGAGCAGGUUGCAUUCAACCCAACCAUUGCUCCCAAGAUUGAAUCUUCUUGAGCUUUGUGUAUUCUAUUAGUUAGCCAACCUUGUUGUUAUACUGCCCUUGUCAAAGGAAGAAGAAUUAAUAAGACUUCUAUGUGUCGGCAUGAAAGGGAGGCCCACUACAUGGUUAUAUAGUAAGUAUAUGUUGAUGUUGAUUUGCUACUGCUCUUUGUAAUUGCUUGUGUAGAUUUUGAUAUAUUUGUUUCUUCUUGUGUUCCUCUUGAGGAUGAUGUAAUGUAUGAACCCACCAUUUUAUUCAAUGUCUUUAAAUUAUUUCCUGUUCA